UAGGAGCACCCACGUUGCCGUGGGUAAGACCGUCGCGCGUAAAACACCGUCGGACGGACUCUGACAGCGGCCGAACCCGGCGGAGCAGGAGCACAGCGACUGGCGCCGGCUGGCCUUAGGUAGCCGAUGCUUGCGAGCGCGUCCACAGUGUGACCGGGCGGUGAUCAACCGAGCACUCCGUCCUCAUUUUCCUGGUCUCCCGAUCGUUUUCAGUGAAGUGCAGUGAGGAAGUGCGAUUACCGAGUGUCCGUGUCAAGCCGCCAAGUGUUUAGCCUCUGCAAAGUCGCCCAGGUAAGCCGACCGGCAACAGAGUCAGCGAUUUCUUAAACGGCCUUAAAUCAGCCAAGUGUGACAAGUCGUUUGUGAAACCGCCUGUACGCAGGUAGAACGACCUACAUCCGCGCGUAGGGGUGAAGCCACCCUCUCGGGUCUGGGCGAACGAUAUCGCUGGGAGGCGAUCUUUUGAUCGGCACAGCCGCGAAUGGAAUUUGGAAAUUGGAUUCCGCGGAGCGUGAAAUUUUUGAACGGCAACGGCGAUAGCGAGCCGCCGGUUUCCCGAAACCGGUGAACAAUGGUUUCACACUUGGCCGGCGUUCCUUAGAAAUUUUCCUCGGCGGCGCGGUCUAUCGCCGAGUUUCAUCGGCUGCCCGGAUGCAAUAACAGUCGCCGCGCGGUGCCGACGUUGGAGGCUCGUUUGCCGCUCCUGAACGCUUAUCGGCGCGGCCAUUGUUUAAUUGUUUCUCAAUUCGCACAGUUUACCGGCGGGAAACCGAAGCCAGCCAGCCGGCGGCCGCGCACCGUGAUCGUUAUCCAGCCGCGGGGAACAAUAGCUGUCAACAGUCGGGCGACUAGAUGAUUACGUGUCGGUGGUUCCGCGAUCCGCACAGCUCGCCUAGGCGCAUCCUCUGCAACGCGGUUACCGGCACGCGCUCGCCCGCCCGCUUCGGAUACCUGUUCCUCGUGUCACCGUCGAUCCCCGCGACGAUAAUUAUGUGAUCGAACCGUCGCGUUUCCGUCGUGACACCUGCCCCGCGAAAGGUGCGCGCCGCGCGAUCCAACGGACGAUAACGCGGACCGUCGCGACAGCUCAGUUCUGCCGAAGUGUCAGUGGAGAUCGAUCCUGCACCCUCGACGGGACCCCGCCGAAAUGAGGCCGCUGCUGGACACGCUGAUCAUCCUGUCCUUGGCGAACGCGCACAGCCAGCCGUGCAUCGAAUACGGAUGCCCAGGACGACCGCAGUUAGAGCCUUUUGUUCCCGCGCCACCGGGGCACACGCCUAAUUGCGCGAAGCCGGGCCAGACGUUCUGCGAGAGCCCAGAUCAUUAUCCCCGCCAGCUGAUCAAGUUCCUCGCGGACAAAUGCAGCUUCGACUUCAGCUCCGUGCUGAGGGACGAGUCCAAAGACGACUUCAAUGCUCGCUGGCCGGUGCCAGAUUACUCCGAGGGUUACGAUUACCCCCAGCGGGGUCAGCCGCAAAUACACUCGCAGUCGUUACCAUUCCUGCCGCCACGGUUUCCUCCACGAGGGCAUCCCACAUUGCCUUAUGGGUCGCCAUUGAACGACACUCAACAAAAUGGUUACAGGUAUAAUUCACCAGAUCAAAGCCACAGAAAUCCGUUUCUGAGCACAGAUAGUCCCGCUCAUCCACGGACGCAACCUUUGAACUCCUUCAAUCAGGGUCAAGCAUGGUGGAGUCCCAGGUAUACGCGGGAAAGUAAAACGCCACCUCGCACCCUGUACGAGAACCCGCUGUUGAGGUACAGCAAAUUGGCCAGGCAACGUCAGAAAAGACAGGGUAAUCCUGAAGCAAUUUACCUUUGCCCGACCGAAACCCAGUACCGCGUGCCGAAGGCAGCACUGAACGACCAGGGAAAUUGGAUGUACAUCGUCAACCACGAGGAACAGUCUAAGAAGUACACGCAGCUUGUGAAGAUGGAGAUAUGCACACAAACCAUGUGCAACGGGAUCUGUUCUCUGCCUUUGGGCUACACCAGCCAGUGCAAACAACAGUUCGUGCAGAAAAGGCUAGUGGCGUUGAAAGGAAGUGGCGAUCAGCUGUACACCGACGUGUUCUGGUUCCCCCAUGGCUGCACCUGCGAGAUCAUGUUCACUGCCUGAGAUUGCUCUCAGUCGGUACCGAUUAUCGGUAUGGGACACAGUAUUAUGGGCAACCGGAAACCUGUCGAGGAGAAUGAGUCACGCGGAACUGACCAAGAACACGCACGAGAAAGAAUCUGCAUGGUUUCAGAAUGAUGGAAGACUUAGGGUAGAAAAACUAUUUCACCUUGGAAUCCAAUUGUUCGAGUCGUUUGCUACUUAUUUAUUGGCACACUAGUUACAUACGUCGAUUUAGUUACUUUUCUACUGCAGCAUAGUUAACCUUCGUUUAAAAAUCGUUGGAGUGAUUUAACUCCCUUUUGCAUUGCUAUACACGUUCAUUCGCAGACUUAGAGUGUACUAAUGAUCAGACUGCGGAUCUUUAUGCUAAAAAUUGUCUUCAUCGAUUACGAGACAUAGGAGUCAAACGCGAGUUUUCUUUCCACUUUAAUAAUUUUUAUAAGUUCAAAUUAAUAAAAUCAACGUUCGCAGUUUCUUUUAACGUUGACGCAGUUUUAAAUUGCGCCUACUCAAUUUUGCCAUAAACGCAUAAAAUCCGCAGUCUAGUAAUGAUUUAUGGUGUACUUAAUUGAUCGAGUGCUUACACUUGAAUUAGUUUUCCCCCAGAUUUCGAUGCAGUUAGAUACCCGCCGUUGGUAAAGUAGGAUGUGAAAACAAUCGUCGAUUCGAUUUUAGGGAACAGAAAGUUUGUGGAAUAAUAGGGACACGUGAGAUCAAGCCAUGAAACUAAAAUAUAAUGAUAGAUCUAUUUGUACAAGUUACACGCGAAUACAGCUAUUUAGGUAGAAUCAAUUGACUCGCUGGGGAAUUCACGACAACCUCGGUAAUACAGAUUCCUGGACAGAACGUAAUACCAUGGGAGACCACGGUGAGUCGCAAUUUUCGUGCCUCGCCGCUGGAUGUCGCCACCGACCGCAAUAUUUCAAUCCUCGCGCACCGUUUCCUAUGGGACGACGUACCUUUGUAUCUUCGAAUCCCUGCGAAAUUAUGCGACACGAAAUAAAAUGCAUUCAAUUUUCAUACCGCGUCCACCGAAACGAUAUUUUACCUUUCCGCGUAGAAAAAUGCAAACGAAACCACGGAUUUCUUGCGAAAAGAAACUGAAACGCGUGCAGGUCCGUGAGUUCAUGGACCAUCGAUCGUCGCGUAAACUCAUAAAAAUUGCUCCUAAGUAUAGCAGUCGUCACUUCCCCAAGGUCGGUAAUCACGACGACGCAUAUUUACGCAUUCCGCAAAUUUAUCGCGCGCGUAUCGACCAACUUGUUGUAACACUUUCAUACGUCUUUCGUGGGAUAGAAAAAAAAGAACGUUUGCGGUUAAAAUUCAUACGAGCACGGUGACCCACAGCACCAUUAUUCGCGUUGCUGCUACAAUAUUGUUAUCGACCAUCCGCGCAGAAAGAUGAAUUGACUCGUUGUUUCCAUUCGACAUUAUCUCUUCGUGGCUCGUUACGUUCUUUCUCAAUCGUUCAAUGAAGAAAAGAACGCGGCACAAUGUGGCAAAGAGUUGCUGCUGAAUAAUAGUGGAUAAUUAUACAUUCAGAAAAAAAAUUCCAUCGCUGCGUUGCGCCAUUUACAAACGUCAUUGGUAUAUGUCAUUGUAUUAUAUAAAUUAUAUGAAUUGUAAAUUAUUUUAUAGCGCUUACGUUUUGGGACAACGAUACGGAUCUUUUGUUCAUUCGUAAUGUAAUUUCACGCGGGCCGGUCAUCAUCGUAACGUCGUAAGAAUUAAUUUUGUGUUAUUUAUAAGUUCAAGGUCAUAGUAUAAUACGUCGUCGAAUUUGUUUCAAGGAGCUGCAUAUCUUUGAACUAUUAAAUACGAGGGAAAAUAAAAAUGUUUUAUAGGAG